AUGCUUCUCACAACUAUCGUUUUCACUACCUUCACCGCACUUGGCGUUACCGCAGCUGGUGCACCUCAAUACGAUUACCAGAUCCAAGAGCCCAAUGAUGAGUUGUACAACACCCUUCCCGUCGGUAUCUUCGAAUCCGAAUCAUACACCGAUGACGAGGCCGAACCCUAUAUCUACGAAGAUUCUCCGGCAUACAAGUAUGUUGACGAGGUCCGUCCUGAACAUGAAUUGGUUGAUAUGAUGGCUGAACAUCACGAGGUCAAGCUAAUCAGCCGAUGUCGAAACUGGGGCGGUGUAGCCUGGAUGGAAGGCUACGAUGGAGCUCACUGUCAAUCUUCUGGUGUCAACUGCGGUAUCGUCGAGUUCACUCUUACCAAUAGUGAAGGUAAAGGUAUGCAAAACAGUGCGGAUUACUCUUUACUUGACGGUCCAGGUCUUGGCAAUCAUAAAUUCCACUAUAAGAUGAACUUCCACUUCACCGGUUCAUGUACUAAAGGUCCCGGUGGUCCAUGUACCGGUAACUCUCCUCAAAAGUGUCCUGGAGCUUACCUCGGUGAUCAGACUGAAGGUGGUGCUCCCACUCAAUGUCUCUCUGAUAACACUGGAAUCACCAUCACCUUCUGCUAA